GCUACCGACUCUACCCAAAGACAAGUUUUAGCUCACAUCACCGAUUCCAAAAUCAUGUGGACGUCAAUUCUUUGCCUUCUUCUGGCUGGUGCAGUGUCUGCAGCACCACUUUCACCGUUUCUCAGUUAUCUCCCUCAUUAUGGCGGCCCAGGGCAGGGGACUAAUGGUGUCUUCCCUGGCAUGCCAGCUCAGCCACAUCCUGGUCUGAAUGCUCCAAUCAGCAUGGAAAUCAUUUUUCCUCAGCGUUUCCCAAAUAAACCAGCAGGGGGACCAGCUGGCACACCGACAUUCCCUACACAAGCUUUCAUUAAGUACUCUCUCCCAAAAGCCCCGGGCCGAAAAAGUGUGGAAAUUUUUUACCCCUAUGACUUCUCUCAGCACCAGAUCUUUCCCUUUGAGUUUACACCACAGACAGCUCCUCAACAGCCACCCAUGAUGCCCCCAUUUCAGGAUGCUCCUCCUCAACCCCAAGAUCCACAGCAGCAAACCCAGCAGGAGCAACAGGCUCAGACAGGACAGGUGUCUCAUGCUCAGCAGCCAUGAAGACUGGGACACCUUGAAAAAGGGAAAAACAUAAAAACACAAGAAAGUGGAGCUGAUUUUGCCUGAUACUAAUUAGAAUUAGUACAUACUUUUACUGGAGAAAUAAUAUAAAUAAGCAGAUGUUUUUUUUACAUAAAAUAUUAAAAAAGAUUAACUACCGUAUAAAGAACCUUUUUAAAGUUAUAUUGUUGUUUUGGUCAUAUCCUGAUGUGAAAAAUACAUUGUUCAAUAUCAAAGCAAAAUUUAUCAUGUAGGCCUAGUGUAAGUUGUGUUUCAGUUAUGAAGUUGAUUAAACAACAAAA